CUGCCGUGUUCUUUUAGACCAAAUCACUUGGUGGAACGAGUAGGACACGGCCUAUUUAUCUACCAUGGCGGACACCACAUACCAGUCUCAAAAAGUGUGCGUCCACGGUUCUAGGCGUUCACCACCAUGUAUAACAUGAUCCCCGCCCUGCUAGUUCUCGCCGGAGUCAUCACCGGGGUGCGUGCGGCAGCACCUCCUCCGGUGCCGGUGCCGGUGCCGCCGAAGGUUCCCACAGCUCCCCCGGCUACUGCCGGGCCGCUUAAAUACCCCGCGAUCCUUGCUUUUGGUGACUCGAUUAUAGACACAGGUAACAACAACUAUAUCAGGACAAUCGUCAGGGCCAACUUCCCGCCCUACGGCAGGGACUUCCCCGGGCACAAGGCCACCGGCCGGUUCACGGACGGUAGGAUCAGUGUUGACUUCCUAGCGGCGGCACUUGGUGUGAAGGAGAAUGUCCCGCCGUACCUGAAGAAGGACCUCACCCUCGACGACCUCAAGACCGGUGUCAGCUUCGCAUCGGCCGGGAGCGGCUACGACAACGCCACCUGCAAGACCAUGUCGGCGCUGUCGAUGGAGCAGCAGCUGAAGAUGUUCCUGGAGUACAAGGCCAAGGUGGGGACUAUCCCGGACAAGGCCCUCUACCUCCUCGUGUGGGGCAGCAACGACAUCGUGGAGCACUUCACCUUCGGGGACCCCAUGUCGGUAGAGCAGUACAGCGACCUCAUGGUCCAGCGCGCCAUCUCCUACAUCCAGACCCUCGUCAGCCUCGGCGCCAAGAGGAUCGCCCUGACGGGAGUGCCGCCGGUGGGCUGCUUGCCGUCGCAGCGCAUUCUCUCUGGCGGGAUCCGGCGGCAGUGCGCCGCGGAUCGUAACCAGCUAGCCAGCAUGUUCAACAACAAGGUCAGGGAAAAGAUGGCCAUGCUCGGCGCCAAGCUCCCCGGCGUCACGCUCACAUUCAUCGACCUCUACGCCAUCUUUGAGGACGUGAUCCACCGGCACGAGGCGCUCGGGUUCAAGAACGCCAAGGACUCGUGCUGCGGUUUGCUUGGGCUGGCGGUAGCCGUGCUCUGCAACUUCGCCAGCCCGGUCUGCGCCGAACCCGCCAAAUACGUCUUCUGGGACAGCUACCACCCCAGCUCCAGUGCCUACAAAGUCAUCAUCGACAUGGUCGUCGAAAAAUACUUCAGAUACAUGAACUAGCUAGCUAUGAGUGGUAGAGGACAAAGGGGGAAAGGAGGAAAAAUAAAGGAAGAACGCAAUAACUCUGGAACUGACUAGCAAUCAGUCCACAGAUUUUGUCUAAUAAGGGGUUGACACGUGGCGCUGAUCUUUGAGUCGCUGUAUGCAACAAAUUCGACGGAUUCAUUCCCAGCAGGUUGCCUGGUCGGCCCGCUCCCAGCGUCCACUUGCCCAUACACACAUCCGCCCGCCCGCUGGAUUUUGCCACCCCGAUCCAGGCUAACGGGCCUGGUUCAUUUUUGGAGGAAAAAAUCCGACUCAGUAACGCCCGCCCACUACCACCCCACUCGACCACAAAAGGGUAGGGGAAGACCACAAAGGGUAGGGGCGGACCCAGGAUUGGGAUAAGCCCCGGGCCCUAGGCCAGCUACAGUGCAUCUACAGUGAAUAGUGUAGACAAAGAGGACAAAAACAAGCCAGGCUGAGCAGGCCCUGAUUAAAAGAAAACAAGAAAAAGACAAUGUUGGCAUGUAGUUUGGUUGCCUGCAUGUGAUGUCUUGUCAUCGCGAAGUAAUUUUCACUCGGUGUUUGGUUGCAUACAUGCAUGGUGAUUAGUAGCUAACAACUGCACUUAAGAGGCA